AUGAGCGCGUCGCCGAACCUCAAAUGCGGUUUAUGUAAUGAUUUCCUCGUCAACGCUGUCACUGUGGCUGGAUGUAUGCACAGCUUCUGCGAAGAAUGUCUACUGAAAAGUUUGUCGGUAUCAGGUACUUGUCCAACAAAGGGCUGCAAGAAAAAUGUCGACAAGAACGGAUAUCGACAUGAUUCCACUUUACAAAUGCUCGUUUACAAAUUUGUACCUCAAAGGUUUUUUGAAAAUGCUGAGAAAGGCAGCCGAGGAAAUGCUGACGCUAAUAACAGGAAAACACAG